AUGAAUCUCAUGGCUCAAAUACCAACGACUAGUCCUUCCACUAGUCCUACCACUAGUACUUCUACUAGUCCUUCCACCAGUCCAACUACUAGUACUUCCACUAGUCCUACCACUAGUACUUCUACUAGUCCUUCCACCAGUACUUCCACCAGUCCAUCAACAACUACUUCGACUAGUCCUUCCAGCAGCCCAUCAUCGACUACUUCCACAACUACUCCUUCCGACAGCAGCUCCAGCACUACUACCGAUUCAGAGGAAGCCGAAAGACUUCGCGAAAGAAUUAGGCGCUUGAGAGCCGAACGUCGCCGAUUGAGAAAUGAGCUUCGUAAGUCUAGAGCUCGUACAGCCGCGAUCCGAAGAAGGCGCAACGCUGCAGUUAAUAGGCGUCUACGCCAACGCGCAAACAGGAUCAAUCGCCAUGGUUGAAGUAUCUAGUGAAACCACUAAACAAACAUAAUUUUAAAUUAAUAAAAUAUAAAUAA